AUGAAGCUUUGCUGCUGGCUCCUAGGAGUCUUGCUGCUGCUUGUUCUGCACGGGGAACAUGGGGCAGUAGGCCUCCUUCAAACCACUCCUGAGGAGGCCAGCUGCUCCACAGACCACGAGUGUCCUGAUGAACUCCAGAACCUUAUCAAGAACGAACUGCAGCUGCUCAACAGUAGUGCUGAUGCCCUCCUAAAUGUCUAUAAUACAGCCCAGGGGGAGCCGUUCUCCAUCACGAAUGAAAAGCUGUGUAACCCCUGUGUGAAAACCUUCCCACCCUUUCAUGCUGACGGCCAGCCGAAGGACAAGCUGGUGGAACUGUACCGCAUCAUCGCGUACCUUAGCACCUCCCUCAGCAACAUCUGGCAGUAUCAGAAGUCCCUCAAUCCUUAUGACCAGGACCUGCACAGUAAUCUGAACUCCACAGUGGGCAACCUGCAGGGGCUUCUUAACCAUGUGCUCUGCCACCUGUGCAAAACGUACCAAGUGGGCCAUGUGGAUGUAGUCCCUGUCCCUGAUACCUCGGGCAUGAACACUUUUCAGCAAAAGAGGCUGGGCUGUCAGCUACUGGCCAAGUACAAGCAGGUCAUUGUGGAGCUGGUCCAGGCUUUUUAG